AUGCGUUCAUUGCGUAAUGAUGAAAAUAAAGCAAAGUUUUUUGAUUUGUGCUUGCAAUACAAGAACCCAGGAGCACUUUUGCGUUAUGGCAUGGUAAAGUAUUUCACAUAUGUGUUGUUAGAUGAAGGGUUGAAAAACAUCGACUGGGCACAUUCAAAGGGCAAUGUCUUGGCCACAUAUUUAUUAGGACUUUUGCUUAUAUUCAAUGUAGAUGAAGAGCGCAAAAAGAGGGGUGUAUCGUUAUUACUAAGUGUUUUUCACCAGCAUGCAAUAGAUGAAGUGGUUCAAUUAAGAGGAACUUUACGAGAUAUGAUAAUGUCCCUUUGUUUAAAAAAUAACAUUGUGUCUGAGUCAGAUGAAUUGGUAAAGUGUGAUCAAGGGCACCUUCAUGCAUAUGACAACAUUGUGGACAAAUGGGAUUACUUCGCAUGA